AUGGGCAUCAUCGAGGAUGAAGUCAAGGGCCUCCACGCCAAGCUCGAGGGGCUCGAGUCGCGCAUAAAGUCCCUCGAAUCCAGGCAAUUCGGCGGCCCCCUCACCACCGAGCAGGUCCGCAUGAUCCUGAUCGGUCCUCCUGGCGCUGGAAAGGGCACGCAAGCCCCCAAGAUCAAGGAGAAGUUCAACUGCUGUCACCUGGCAACCGGCGACAUGCUGCGAUCCCAAGUCGCCAAGAAGACCCCUCUGGGUCGGGAGGCCAAGAAGAUUAUGGACGCAGGUGGCCUCGUCAGUGACGACAUUGUCAUCGGCAUGAUCAAGGCCGAGCUGGACAACAACCAGGAGUGCAAGGGAGGAUUCAUCCUCGACGGCUUCCCCCGCACCGUGCCCCAGGCCGAGGGCCUCGACUCCAUGCUGAAGGAGCGCAACCAGAAGCUGCAGCACGCCGUGGAGCUGCAGAUCGACGACGCCCUGCUGGUGGCGCGCAUCACGGGCCGGUUGGUCCACCCGGCCUCGGGCCGUAGCUACCACCUGACCUUCAACCCGCCCAAGGUCCCCAUGACCGACGAUAUCACGGGCGAGCCCCUGAUCCAGCGCUCCGACGACAAUGCCGACGCCCUCAAGAAGCGCCUCGCCACCUACCACCAGCAGACCACCCCCGUCGUGGGCUACUACCAGAAGACGGGCAUCUGGAAGGCCAUCGACGCCAGCCAGGAGCCCGGCCAGGUCUGGAAGAGCCUGCUGGCCGUCUUCGACGGCGACAAGGACAAGGCCAAGAGCAGCGGCGCUGGCAUCCUGAGCAGGAUCGCUGGUCGUUAG